AUGGCCCCCGCGACAGCUAAACGAAUUGUCUUCACCGGCGGCUCUGGCAAGGCUGGCCGUCAUUGCAUUCCCUAUUUGCUAGAAAAGGGCCAUCAGAUUCUGAACCUGGAUCUCAUCGACUUCCCGAAAGACCAUAUCCCGCCGGGAAAGACCGUUUAUACGAUGAAGACAGAUCUGACAGAUGGUGCUCAAACCUUCAAUGCACUCUCCUCCUUGUUCUCCAUGGAAGAAUAUGCGCUUCCAAAGCACCCGGGGCCACCGGAUGCUGUGAUUCAUUUUGCCGCCUACGCUCGAAACAUGAUCGUCCCAGACAGUGAGACGUUUCAUGGCAACGUCAUGAGUACAUACAAUGUAAUCGAAUCAGCCUGCAAAUUGGGGGUCAAGAAGAUCGUCAUUGCAAGCAGCGAGACAACUUAUGGAGUUUGCUUCAGCCAAGGUGACGACAACUAUCUCUCCUUCCCUCUGGACGAGGAUACCUACGACCGCAAUCCUAUGGAUACGUAUGCUUGCAGCAAGCUAAUAGGAGAGCGUAUUGGGCGCACCUUCGCGCGUCGAUUUGGAGUCGACAUUUAUGCUCUCAUUAUCGGCAAUGUCAUCGAGCCACACGAGUAUGAACGAGACUUUCCGCGACACGUUGGUGAGCCAGCGACUCGAAAACGAAACGCUUGGAGCUACAUCGAUGCACGAGACUUGGGACAGAUCUGUGACCUGUGUGUUGCGAAAGAUGGAUUGGGGUUUCAGGCAUUCAAUGCCACGAACGACACAAUCACCACCGCUACACCAACUGAAAAGUUUCUGAAGAAGAGUUGUCCUAACACGCCAAUCACGAGGAAGAUGGGCGAAUGGGAAGCCCCGCUGUCGAACAAGAAGAUCCGAGAUGUUCUGGGCUACAAAGACGUUCAUGACUGGAGGAAGUACUAUAAUCACUAUGGUUAA